CAUUGGGCAAAACGUAUGGGAAAUAAAAACAUAAACGUAAAAACUUGUCGCGGUACAAAUAUAUCAACGGUUGGUGUCGAUAUAGGAGAUUGGAUUUACGAGAAAAAAAUUCGAAAUCAAUCAACACACGGCCCCGUAAUUUUCAGAACAUGGGAUUUUGGAGGGCAAAAAGAAUACUACGCAACGCAUCAAUAUUUCUUAUCAAAGCGUAGCCUUUAUUUAGUUGUAUGGAAAAUCGCUGAUGGUUACAAAGGAAUCAACGAAAUCCUCCAAUGGUUAGUCAACAUCCAAGCUCGGGCCCCGAAUUCACCCGUUUUAAUCAUCGGAACCCACUACGACAUCGUCCAAGAACGAAAUCCAACCGUUUCCGAGGAAUACCAACAAGUAAUAAGAGAUCGUUUCAUCAAUAUAGUCGAUGCGGAAAAAUGCGGACUCCCUCGGGUUUUAGACACGAUUGAAAUUAGUUGUAAAACGAGGCAUAACAUAAAAUUAUUGUGCAAUUUAAUUUAUGACACGGUGUUUAGUUUGAGACCGCCUGGAAGUAAAGAGUUACUUUUAGAACAAAAGGUGCCCGCUUCUUAUUUGGCUUUGGAAGAUGUUGUUAAUCAUAUUUCGGCAGAGAGGCGAAUUAAUAAUUUAGAUCCGGUUUUAAAUGCGGAACAAUAUCGGACGAUUGUUACGACGGAAAUGCAACAAAGAUAUGGAAGGAGUUUUAGGGAUGCUGGUGAAUUACAUCAAGCUACUUUAUUUUUACAUGAUAAUGGUGUUCUUCUUCACUACGACGACGCAACAUUAAAAGAUUUAUAUUUCCUCGACCCACAAUGGCUUUGCGAUAUGCUCGCGCACGUUGUAACAAUUCGCGAAAUAAAUCCUUUCGCCCGAACGGGAAUAAUGAAAUUAGAAGACCUCAAACACAUUUUCAAAGCGAGCAGUAUCGGGCCGAUGGACACCAGGGGUUACAUUGUGAAUUUAUUAAACAAAUUCGAAGUGGCUUUAACGUGGGACUCCAGAACUUUAUUAAUACCCUCAUUAUUACCAUCGGAAGAAGAUAUUUAUUUAGCCCAAUUAUAUCCGGGACAAUUUCAUCCGAUGGUUAAAGUUAAGGUUCCGUUACGAUCGAGAGGAUGGGCGAUUAGAAAUAAAAAAAUUUCGGUUUCACCAAAAAGCGUUUUGUAUCGAGAUAAUAGCAUGGCUAAGUUUCAAAUGAGUUUACCAUCAUCGAGCUCAAAUAAUGAAGAAUUACAAGAUGAAUCAAACGAUUUAUACCAAAUCACGAAUUCCCCAUCAAAUAAAUCGAUAACUCGUUUACUUUUGAUGUCGUAUUUUCCAUCAGGGUUUUGGUCAAGAUUAAUGUCGAGAAUACUUGCUGAUGAUUCAAUCGUUGAUAUAAUAAGAUCGUUUUUUAUUCUACCAAAAGAUGUCGUUCAAGAUCUUGAAUUGUUGAAGUUAUUAGAUUUAAAAGCGGAGUGGGUUUUGUGGCAAACUGGGUUGCAAUUAAAAUAUGGUGAUAUAACCUUAUUUAGGAUGAGGGAAGUUCUAAAUAGUUCGGCGACUUGUUAUCGCCAAAUGAAAUUUAAAUUAAAACAAGAAGGGCAGUGGUGCGAUGUUGAUUUGCAAAAUUCUUCCAUUUUAGAAAUAUAUUUCCCCGUUGAUUCAUUGAUAAUUAAAUCAUUAAAAUGUGAUAAAAAAGAUUUAAUUAUUGACUGCACCCCAGAAUCAACAGCGCAACUUUUAGCUUUAGCUGUUGAUCAUAUUGAUAUUCUCUUAGAAGAUUGGUACCCAACGUUAGGAACGAGAUUUGUUCAUACAUCAGAAGGAAAAUUUUUAGUUACACGUUUAAUACCCUGCCCAACAUGUUUAUCAAACUCAAAUGAAAUGGAGCAACAAUUGGCGCAUUUUCCCGGCGAUCCUGGUAAACAUUUAUUGGAACCACCGUUUAAUCAGGAUGAAAUUGACGCGAAUUUCUAUCGAAUCCGAAAAUCUCAAGAGAGUUACACUUCCGAAUGUGAUAGCGGCGUUGGGCCGGAUUCAGCCGGAUCGAGUCGUAUGCCUUCUGUGGAAGGUCACCCCGCUUUAAAUUCGGAUGAAAAUAAGGAUGUUCAACAUGUUUUUUAUAGUUGGAUGGUUGAAGAAUGUAUUUUGGCUGCUUAUGGUAGUAAAAAUGUUGAAUGCCCGAAUCAUGGUGAUGUUCAUUUAGCGAAAAUUGCUCCAGAUACGAUAUUCGUAGAUCUUGGUGAUAGAUACCUAAUAAAACCGGAAAACAUCAAAAAAGGGCGCUUAUUAGGCAGAGGCGCUUUCGGUUUUGUUUUUAAAGGGACUUGCAAAAAUCGUUGUACAAACACCGUAAUUGAUGUAGCUAUGAAAAUGCUACAACCCGUCCAACCCGGUCCUAACGCACGUCAAUCCGCGAUAAUCGCCUAUAAAGCGGCCCAAGGAAAAUGGGAUCGCGACCCCCUUCAAUACGCUUGUAAAGCGUAUUGCACCGCCCGACAAGAAUUAAGCAUCUUACUCUCAUUAAGGCACCCAAAUAUCGUCCCAUUCGUUGGGGUUUGCACCAGCCCUUUAGCGUUAGUUUUAGAUUUAGCCCCCCAAGGAGCGUUAGAUUUGGUUUUAAAACAUCAUAGAAGAAGCGGAGCUAAAGUCGGACCUUACACAUUACAAGCGAUUAUUUUGCAAGUUGCCAAAGCGAUAGAGUAUUUACAUCGACAACAUAUCAUUUAUCGUGAUUUAAAAUCGGAGAAUGUUUUGGUUUGGGAGAUGCCGCCCCCAUUUCAUGACAACCCCGAUUAUGAGGUUCACAUAAAAGUAGCCGAUUAUGGAAUCAGCCGAUUAACUUUACCGUCCGGGGCGAAAGGUUUUGGGGGAACCGAAGGAUUCAUGGCCCCAGAAAUCAUGCGUUAUAAUGGGGAGGAAGAGUAUACAGAAAAAGUCGAUUGUUUUUCGUUCGGAAUGUUUAUUUAUGAGUUAUUAACGUUGCAUCAACCGUUUGAGGGGCACGAAUCGGUUAAAGAAUGCAUUUUGGAAGGGGGAAGACCGCCGUUGACAUAUCGAGAAACUUUGUAUCCUAGUUAUUGUUUGGAUUUGAUGGUGCUUUGUUGGUCUCAACAGCCGAAAGAUCGACCAUCGGCUAGUCAAAUAGUUUCGAUUGCUAGCGCACCAGAAUUUAUUCAUUUAAGUGAUGUUAUGUCUUUGAAACAUCAAGCUAAUGUUGAAGCUACAACAAGUGCCCCAAUUACACAUAUAACAGAUGAUGGUUUAUCCGGAUCUGAACUUUGGUUAAUGUGUGCAAAUUCAAGGGUGGAUCUUUUAUUGGCUGCAGAUCGCGGUUGGCUUCAAUAUCACACAAUGACUUUACCAAUUAGGCCAACGGCGACCUGCACAGUGGGGAAUUCGAUUUGGAUUGGGGAUUUUGCAGCCAGAGUGCACGCUUAUUCAGUUACUGAUGGCUACAAAAUCUUCUCAUACACAUUAGAAAAUGAACCAAACGUAAGCGUCGAAUCAUUUUUAUAUUUACCAAUGUUAAAACGAGUUGCGUGCACUUUAUCGAAUGGAAGAUUAUUUUUACUCAAUUCCGACACCUUACCAAGAACUCCAACCGCAGCUGAAGGCACCUUUGUUAUGACGGAAUUAGGUUCAAGCAGUGUUAUAACUUGUAUGUGUUAUCUUUACGAAGAACAGGAAAGACUUUGCGAAUUAUGGUGUGGCCAAUCGGAAGGGCAAAUAUCGAUUUACUCAAUAAAAGAUCACGGCGUGGUUAGUCAAGAAAUUGUGAAUCAUUACCAACCGAUAAUCGAAACAGUCCAAGUUAAGAAAUUAGUUUCCGAUAGUUUAAACGUUUGGUCCUACGUCCAUCCAGGUUGUAUCGUUUAUCAAUGGGAUCAAAAAACGCGUUCGAUUAUCAACAAAUUGGAUUGUUCAAAAUUAGUACCAUGCUCUGAAAGUUUAAAAUCAAUCGCAAUCGAGGAACAUUUAAGCCCAACAAAUUGUCAAGUAACCAGCGUUGCGGUUUUAAAUGAUGAAUUAUACAUUGGAACAACUUGGGGUUGUGUUAUCGUUGCCGAAAAAGCGACAUUAAGACCGAUUACGAUUUUUAGACCGUACGAAGAAGAGGUUAGAUCGAUUGUACCAUUGGCGCGGUUAAAAACGAGUAACGACAGACACGAAUACACCCCGUUAAUUGCGACUAUAGGGAGAGGUUAUAGAAGUUUAUUAAACCGGUAUACAGAUGUAACUGUAAACGUUGCUUCCGUUCAAAGCCCGGUUUCGAGUCAAAUUAGUUUUGCAACAGCAAAACAAAAUAUGUACGUUUUGUUAUGGCGAGCUGAGCAUUGGGGAGGUACUUAAAAAUAUUAU